CAACAUUGUAACAUGGGAUAAAUCUAAGGUCCAGAACAAUUAACCGAUGAUCUUAUGAAAUAGCCAAUGCCACGAGGUUGAUUGGCGGGGGUUGAUGUAUUCAUGCACUUGAUUUGCCUCGAUUCAUAUAUCUCAGUUCUACUUUGAACUUUGACCACAUUCAUCUACUUACCAUCUCUCCACCAUAUCGAUAUACAUCAAAUACACUCGAAAUGGGCAAAUCAAUCCUCCUCAUCAACGGUCCUAACCUCAACCUGCUCGGAACCCGCGAACCCCAUAUCUACGGCAGCACCACCCUCUCCGACGUCGAGAGCAACUGCAAAUCCCACGCCGCCUCCCUCGGUGCCUCCCUCGACUCCUUCCAGUCCAACCACGAAGGUGCCAUCAUCGAUCGCAUCCAGGCUGCCCGCGGUAACGUCGACGGUAUCAUCAUCAACCCCGGCGCCUUCACACAUACCUCUGUUGCAAUUCGCGAUGCCCUGCUCGGCGUGAGCAUCCCUUUCAUCGAGCUGCAUGUGAGUAACGUCCAUGCGCGCGAGCCCUGGAGACAUCACAGCUAUUUCAGUGAUAAGGCUUCGGGGAUUAUUGUUGGUUUGGGGGUUUAUGGAUAUAAGGUUGCGGUGGAUCAUGUCGUGACGAACUUCAAGGCGAGAGAUGAGAAAUUGUAAAUUUACUUUCACUUGUUCUGUAUAUAACUUAAAAUUCUUGUUUGGUUUAAUCUUGUCUGUGUUGUAAUUUUAUAUGCAAAGAGCUUACACUU